AUGCUCCAGUUGCUGGAGUCUCGAGCGUUGUGGGGAACGGGAACGGCUCCUCCAGAGCCACGCUCGCGAAUGACCAAUUGGCCUACGGUGCUCUUCAGUUGGUGGUGCACGGCAUUCUCAGCAGUCAUCAUCAUCACGAGAUUAUGCAGCCGCAAGGUUCGGAGCAACAAACUCUUUCGAGAGGACUACAUCAUGAUGCUGGCCCUGAUCCCGCUCUUCAUCCGCAUGAUCUUGAUCCACUUCGUUCUCAUAUACGGCACCAAUAAUGUUGAUACCACGACAUACGAGUACACCCCACGUCAGCUUCUCCUAAAGAGCACAGGAGCUAAGCUCGUCCUCCCUGCUCGCAUCUUCUAUGCAAUGUUUAUUUGGGCUAGCAAGUUGACAGUCUCGGAAUUUCUGAAACGGAUCACCUUCCGCAUCUGGAGGAUGAGCCACCAGCGUACUCUGCAAGGCAUACGAGCAUUCUUAUUUGUCACUUUCGGAGCAGUGGUCGUCGCAACACUGGCAGAAUGCCAGCCAUUCACUCACUACUGGCAGGUCCUUCCGGAUCCAGGUCCGCAUUGCCGCCAGGGAUAUGCGCAGUUGCUCGUCAUGGGCACCUGCGACAUCGUGACCGAUAUUCUGCUGAUCGCCUUUCCGAUCCCCGUUGUGCUGACCUCGGGCGUCAGCUGGAAGCGAAAGCUACAGAUGGUCUUGCUUUUUAGCUUGUCGUUGAUCAUGAUCGGCGUCACGGCUGCUCGAAUCCCUGAGGUCAUAGACAAGCAUGGGAGGCAGCAAUAUCGCACGGUCUGGGCAUCUUGCGAGAUCCUCGCUGCGACUGCCGUUUCGAAUGCUGUCAUUCUUGGCUCAAUGCUGCGUGACAAGGGCACCAAGAAGAACAAGUUCAGGUCACACAGCAUCACGGAGAGUAGCGACCGUAAUUCUGCAAGGCGACCAACACUUGUCCGAUUUCAGACGACUGAGAGCGACGAAGACCUUUUCUUUGAGCUCGGAUGCAGAGUACCUGAGCAUUUGCGAGGAGAGUCAGUGAGCUCGCCACGACCUGCGCCUCCAGCCCUACCCGCCAAGGAGCCCAUUGCACCCCCAUGCCGCGAAGAUACACUUCUAGCGGAACGGCGAGGAAUUCGUGACAGCAUUGACAGCGAGGAAUCUUUGAAGUUGCGAAUACAGAUUCAAGCGCCGGUACAGCAAGUGCUCCCAUCACCGGCACCCUCUACCACAAGAAGCAUCAGCUUCUUCGACGUGGGAAACCUACUGGAUGGUCAGGAGCGAUCAACAGCAUCACCCUCCAGUAAUUUGAAUAUAGCAGCUCAACGGUCGAGUCCUGGCGGAGUUGCAGCUCAUGACUUCGCCUCGGAGUCAUCUGAGGACAGAGAAUCGAGAUCAGGAUCUCGAGCAUUUCUGCGAGAUGUUGGCGGUAUCCUGUCUCCGAGCCUAAUCAGAAAUAGCAGCGGCUCACCUCGUCGCAAUCGCGAGGCCCAGCGAGGUCCGCAUCGACCUCGUCCGGCACCGGUAGGUGUCCUCGCGCCAAUGCUCGAAAGAAGCGAAACUCAGAUGUCUCUACAAGAUGCUGGUGGUCUUUUGGGAGAUGCACACUCAAGAGCGUACGACUCAGGAGCAAGCGGUCACGGUGCAUCGUUACCAGAUCCUCCAGUGGCGAGAUCAGUACCGAACUGUUCAUUCCCACGAAUGUCAAGGCGGCAGCGUUCGCGAGAAGGCAUGGAGCUUGAAGAUAUCGGUGAAGUACUCAGAGAAGGAAUGCACCCAGAUCCGAGCAUUACAGAUCCAUAUGGGCUACGAGAGCGAGGCCAGCUAGAUGGUACAAGACCAACUAUACCGCCGAGCUUCGACGACAUGGUUUUGAACGAUGCAGGAGGGUUGAUGGGCAGAUGAAACUGCCACGGCGUCUUUGGCGUGUUUGAUGAGGAUUUCUCGCGGCACGGAGUUGGAAAGUAAGAUACCCCAUUGCAUGCCGUGUUGGGCAUUGUGUAUACGGGAAGGCGUUCUUUGCUUGCAUUUGCAUAUUUCUCAGCGUUCCUGUUGCAAAUUGCCCGUAGCAGCGGCGAUGCAGUAGACGUUUUAUGAUGAACAUUUACUGCUC